AUGUUCCAAACAGAGCUUCUUCUGUUGCCGCUGUCUCUAGUACAAAAAGAGUCGCUGAUUCUGUUGUCCAUGAAUCAGGUUGUUGGAUGGCUGCCUAUAAGGGCUUAUAGGAUGAACAGCUUGGCUAACCAGGCAAAGACUUUGACCUCUGAAAAAGAUGAGACAUGCGAGGAUGAUAAAUUGAAGGAUACUUCAAAGAAAAAAGUGUACAAUAGUAGCAAUAAGAAUAAUACUGCUGCUAUGGAAAAAGGACAUCUUGGGUUUGUUAAGGUUAACAUGGAUGGAUUGCCAAUAGGGAGGAAAGUGGAUCUAAAUGCUCAUGCUUGCUAUGAAACUUUAGCUCAAGCACUAGAGAACAUGUUUGUUAAUCCCAUCAUGAGCAUCACUUCCAUUCGUGAUUCGAGUGGAGAGAGUGAGCAAGCAAGAAAGGCCUCCAAGCUUUUGAAUGGAUCAUCCAAAUUUGUGCUCACUUAUGAAGAUAAGGAGGGGGACUGGAUGCUCGUAGGAGAUGUUCCUUGGGAGAUGUCCCUCAACACAGUGAAGAGGCUUAGAAUCAUGAAGACAUCGGAAGCUGAUGGACUUGUUCCAAGAUUCCAAGAAACUGAUGGUCGGCAAAGAAGAGAAGCUUGUGUGCUUUUCUUUAUCUUCCUUUACCCUUUUUAUGUAUGA